AUGAAGAGUCGUGAUUGUUUCGUUAGCGAGGGAAGCUGCAAGUUGAUAUCCGUUGCACUGGGGGCGAAACGAGAGGACGAGGCAAGGAGCCUCGCUUGUCGUAGACACAGACGCCGGGAGCCUCAGCGAAUGCGACGCGCCCGAGUGAAAGAUAGGGAGGCAGAGAGACUCGACGAGGAAAGAACGAGAAGGUCUGCGGCGUGCAGGGCUGACGGGUGGAUGUAUGGACGGGACGGCAGACUGGAAACUGGCGGCGACGACGCUAACGGCGCGGAUCGAUCGAUGCGAGACCGAGACGCACCAACUGCUUCCUAA